GGUUUCUCAAGGUGAGUGCAAUACAAGGUCUAUUACAGCUACACGGUUAAGUUGUGAUAAUUUGCAUCGAAACUUCGCCACCAGCGGAAACAUCUGUGGAACUCUCCAUAAAAUCUGACGCUUCUGUUGCGAGGAUGAAACCUAUUCAUAUGGGACAGGACCUCAGGAGCCAUUGACUUGAAAUUCAAGCUUUCAAAGAAUAUGGUUCUCAUUUGGAAGAGGAACUAUGGAAGGAAGACUGGCUCACUGACCUCAACUCAUCUAUCAGUUUCCUUAUUCUCGUUGUUUUCGGUUCUUCCAAAAUAUGGACCAAAAAACUUCAUCCGAGAUCGUCUGUCGUUUUAUUGUACCAGGGAACCCACCAGAUAAAGUGAUAGAGGCCUACUCUGAAUGGGCUCAACAUUUUAAUGAGAUUUUUGAUUCAUUGAAUUACAUUGGCCACAAAUUAGUAGCCAAUCAGGCGGCAGCCAGAAUCCCUCAAGAGAAGCGAGGCGCCUUGAAAGUCAUUGACAUUGCUGCUGGGACGGGAAGAGUUGGUCGACUGCUGAGAGACAAAGGCUUCUCAAACAUUGACGCCCUAGAGCCAUCAAAGGGCAUGUUGGAUGUGCUACAGAAAACAGGAGCGUAUACGAACACGUACGCAGAGUUCCUGGGAGUUGGACAAAAUUCAGUCCCUGAAGAUAUGUAUGACGUCCUAGUCAUGUCGGGUGGUUUUGCAGAGGGCCACAUACCUGUCAGUGGAAUUGAUGAUAUGAUCAGAAUAACAAAACCUGGAGGACUGGUCAUCAUCGCAAUGAGGAAGAGCUACCUACUCUGCGAGGAAUACAAGGACAGGUUGAUUCCUUACAUGGAUGAGAUGGAAAGGCAAGGAAAGUGGAUUAAGGAAGACGUUGAAUUCGUCGAUGAAUACGUUGUCAAUGAGAAUGGAAUUCUUUUUACAUACAAAGUUGUAUAAGUUCUUUCUGUUUAUUGAUUAAUAAAAAAUGUGAUAUAAUC